AUGAAUGAUAGAGAGGGUGUGCAAUGUUCCCAGAUGCAGUUGCCUAAUAUGCGCACUCUCAUCGCUCCUGCCACUGCUCCUCCUCUCUUGGGGGACUCUCAUCCACCCUUCACCUCUGUAGCCUGGCUUUUGGCCAAAAGCGGUGGUCCUGAGCCUGGGAUGCCUGCGACAUUGCCAUUUUGGGUGGCCUGGUCGUUGGAGCACAGACCGAGUUCUGUAACACUGCCAGAUUGCUCCCAGUGUGGGCUGGCACAGCGCUCAUGGGCGUCUAUUUCAGAGGCGCCCAUAGCGCUGCUACAUCCACAAGCCUCACUUGCCAUCCAUCCCCUUCCCAUGGUUGGAUCUGCUUCAUUUUUGCAUGUUUAUGCCCUGGGACCAGCCACCCAACGCAUAUGGGCGCCACUGGGCGCCUAUUUUCGCACCCAGCCACAGCCACCACUCCCAGCUACUGCAAGCCACACCAAGCCACCUAAAAUUGUCAUCCACAAGCCCUGGCUGCAAUCCACCCUCUUUUGGUGGGGCUGUGCUACCCAAUCUUUGUCAGCUGCCUCUCCCAUGCCUCUCCACCAUAUAUGGACACUGUUUGCCACUAUUUGCCCCCUCCUCCCCUUGCCACAGCUGCCACAGUGGCUCAAAGUGCAGCUAGCUCAGCUCACCUGGUACAGCACCUGGGUGGGGGACCCAGGAGCCUUGGGUUCGAUCCCUGGUAGUGCCGCUUUUUUCUACAUGUGGCUGUGCUAUGCAGGCCUGGUUGUAACCAUGGGUAUUCAGGCUUUGCACUAUAGAAUCAGGCACAGUAUAGAUGUUAUCACUGGUGCCUACUAA